AUGAAGAACAUCGCUUUUGCCUCUCUCUUUGUUGCUUCGGCUUCAGCCUUCCCUUGGGUUGUUGACCAGCCUGGUGUUGACAGCUCNCUUCUUGGAGCUGGACGUAAGAUCAGACGUCAGCAGGCUGGUGGCAACCAGGCUGGCGGCGCUGCUACCUGCCCUUUCAAUGCCAACCACCAAGGUGCUGCACCUUACAACGCAAAGUACCCAUACAACGGUGCCCAAAAUGGUGCACCUGGAAAAGGUAUUGGUGGAUACCAAGUACCUGCUCCCGGCGACACCGCACACCAGUAUGUUGCCCCUGGACCCAACGACAUUCGUGGACCUUGCCCUGGUCUUAACGCAGCUGCCAACCACAACUUCCUUUCUCACGAUGGUAUUACUACAUUCAACGAACUUGUAGAUGCACAGCAGAACCUCUACAAUGUUGGAUACGACUUGGCUACACUUCUUGCAGCCUUGGGCCUCACCCUCACUGAUGGUGAUCUCGUAACCGAGAAGCUUUCCAUCGGAUGCGAUGCCACAACCAGAACCUCGUUCAGCCCAGUUCUUACAGGCUCCGAGCCCGGUCUUGAUGGCCACAACAAGUUCGAAGCCGACUCUUCUCUCACCAGAAACGACUACUUCCUUGCCGACGGAGACAACUACUCUUUCAACGGCACCCUCUUCGGUAUGAUGCAAGACACCUGUCAGGGCAACUUCAACCGCGAGAACCUGUCCAAGUACCGCCUGCAGCGCUACGACCAGUCCGUCGCAGAGAACCCCAACUUCUUCUUCGGCCCUUUGACUCUUCUUCUCUACGGAGCCGCCUCUUUCCUUUAUGAGCUCAUGCCUAACGGAAACCACAACUACGCCCCCGAUCUCGAGACCAUUUCCUCCUUCUUCGGCGCCGAAAAGCAAGACGACGGCACCUGGAAGUUCAACGGCGGCGAGCGCAUCCCCGACAAUUGGGUCAACCGCGUAAGCCCCUACACCAACAACGACGUGACCACCGAGAUCUUGGCCAUGUACCUCGAGAACCCCGUCUUGUUUGGCGGCAACACCGCGGAUGGCUCCUUUGACACUCUCAACUUUGGCGCCAUCAAGGAUGGCAAGAUCUCGUCUAGUAUCGACGGCCCGGACACUGCUUGUCUGCUGUACCAGCUUACCACUGGUCAAGUGCCUAGCUAUCUCAAUGGAUUAAUUACUCCUUCGGUUGACGCACUCAACUUCAUUGCUAGCAAGGUUGCUCCUUCCUACAAGAACUUGGGAUGUCCUCUUGCUCUUACCUAA